UGCUGUCCUAAAUAUAGGCCAUGGCCCGUCUUGAUUUCAUCUGACCGACUGUCAAACUCAGUGACUCAGUGCCACAGCAAUAUUACAAGAGGUUUUCAGACUGAGAGACUGCAAGCGACACGAUCACAGACCCGCCAAUCGCAAUCCUCUGCUUUGCCAUGGCGAUAAAAGAAAAAACAACACAAGAGGCUUUCUGGGACAUGGAUUGGGAGGAAGGCAGAACCAUGGAGGGACUGUCUAUAACCCACUGGGUGAACAGCCCAGUCCGCCACCAGGCCCUGUUCCAAGGAAGGGACUUGGACGACUGUGUGGAGGACCAUGACCUGUUCGCCCUGCCCGGGCCAGCCUUCCCUGACCCUGGGGUAGUGAGGCCCGACCCUGGGGUAGUGAGGCCCGACCCUGGGGUAGUGAGGCCCGACCCUGGGGUUGUGAGGCCCGACCCUGGGGUAGUGAGGCCCGACCCUUGGGUAGUGAGGCCCGACCCUGGGGUAGUGAGGCCCGACCCUGGGGUAGUGAAGCUAGAAGGGGUCUGCGACGAUACUACCACAACCCAACCCCAGCGGACUCAGCCUGUUUACCAGGUGCUUCUGGACGUGUCCCAGUUCAGACCUGAGGAUAUCAUGAUUCAGGUGUUUGAGGGAUGGCUCUUGAUCAAGGCUCAGCAUGGAGCCAGAAUGGAUGAACAUGGGUUUGUUACCCGAAGCUUCACCCGUCAGUACCCACUGCCUGAGAAACUACAGCAGGCGGGGGGUCUGAGGGCUCUACUAUGUCAUGAUGGGAUACUGGUGGUGGAAUCCAAACAGAGAACACCUGUUAGGAUACAACACACUGAGGAGGACCCCUAUUGAUUAUUGACUUGAUUAUUGACUCUUGAUUAUUGACUAUUGAUUAUUGACUAUUGAUUAUUGACUAUUGAUUAUUGAUUAUUACUGUAUUGAUCAGGUAAAGAUGAGGUCAGAUCAGCUGUUACAGUACCACUAACAUGAGUGAUCGGUUCAUUCAUUGUGUCUGUUAUUUUCGUGUGAAGUUAAAUUUUCAAAUAUUUCUCUAAACAUUGUUAUUGUUACAUUUCUAUCUGACGCUACUUUGCUACAAAAAGCUGUUGGUGCUAACGUUAUUGAAUUAUAUAACAGCAGUAAUGACAUAUUUAAAAUCAAUUUUCUUAAAAUACGUUUUUUCCUCCUCGCUUUGAAAAUUUACUCCAGCUCCUCUCACCUCAAUUUAAAAAAAAAAUGCUUAUAAUUUGAACAAAUAUGAAGUGUAUAUUUAAUUUGGUAAAUGGACAGAGAGAAGUUCCUCUCCAGUCAUUGAAAACGUAUCUAUGACAUAAAUGGGAAUGCUAAGCAUGAGGCUUUCAGCAUCAGUGACGAUGUUGUUUUUACAGUACAAAUUUUAUGAGAUUGUUUAGAAAUUGUUCACUGUUGAAAGAAGAUACUUAAAAAUGCGAUAGAACAAUAAAUAUUGUUAUCAGAUGUUAUCGGUCUAAGGCACUGCAUCGCAAUGCUAGAGGUGUCACUACAGACCCUGGUUCGAUCCCGGGCUGUAUCACAACGGGCCGUGAUCGGGAGUCCCAUAGGGCGGCGCACAAUUGGCCCAGCGUCAUCCGGUUUUGAGGAGGGUUUGGCCUGGGGGAGCUUUACAAGUAGGCCGUCAUUGUAAAUAAGAAUUUGUUCUUAACUGACUUGCCUAGUUAAAUGAAGGUUAAAUAAAAA